AUGGCAAAAGGAAAGCUACGUCAAAACGAGGGACCUUGUGCAAUAUGUAGUCAGCAAGGCUUCAAAGAAAAGUUUAGAAAACUAACAAGAAACCUGCUUGCUAGAGUAAAAGAACAUUUAGACAUUACUGAUCAGCUUCAGAUUAAUGAUCAGCUGUGUCAGCUCCACUAUAAUAACUAUAUUUCAGGAGAUGCUAAUAAUCAAUCGAAGAAUAUAAAUAAUUUAGUUAUAGCUGAGGUCAGGAUAUUUGAUCCAAAAUCAACUACAAAAGUUGUUGAAAGGGAGGAAGAAUUAAUUGAAUCAAAUAAAGAAGGAAUAAGUUUCAAAGAACUCUUAGAGGAUAAUGAUAAUGAAUCUCUUGAUGAUGUAAAUUCUCAAAUUGAAAAUAAAACUGAAAGCAUUAAUAAGAUGAAGGUUAAAUAUUUAUUUGAACUUAAUAAUUCAGAUAAAGAAGAUAAUUCAAUAAAUAAAGAAAUCCAACCCAAAAAAAUAGUUCAAGUGAAAGAAAAAAAUGAUAUAUAUAAAUGUAAUGACAAUAUUCCAAGUGUAGAAUUAAUACAUAACUGA